AUGGCGCUGAGCUGGCUGCUUCUCAGUGCGGCCACGCUCCUGGGCGCGGGGGCGGAGAUCACCAUCAGCCCGGAGCCCGCGCAGCCGGCCGAGGGGGACAACGUGACGCUGGCGGUGCGGGGCCUGAGCGGCGAGGUGCUGGCCUACAGCUGGUACGCGGGCGCCGAGCCCAGCCUGGCGCGCCUGGUGGCCAGUUACAUCGUGAGCACCGGCGACGAGACGCCGGGCCCGGCCCACACCGGCCGCGAGAGCGUGCGCCCCGACGGCAGCCUGCACCUGCGGGCCGCGCUGCCCGCGCACUCGGGCGCCUACACCCUGCAGACACUCAACAGGCAGCUGCAGACCGAGCUGGGCCACGGCCGCCUGCAGGUCUAUGAGAUCCUGGCCCCGCCCGUGGUGGUGGCCAACAGCACGGAGCUGGUGGAGCGGCGGGACGCCCUGCGCCUGGAGUGCAGCAACCCGAGCCCCGCCGACGUGCGCUGGUUCUUCAAUGGCGAGGCUCUGCCGGUGACCCUGCGCCUCGGCCUGUCCCCCGACGGCCGCGCGCUCAGCCGCCACGGGGUGCGCAGGGAGGAGGCGGGCGCCUACCAGUGCGAGGUGCGGAACCCGGUCAGCAGCAGCCGCAGCGCGCCCCUCAACCUCACCGUGUACUUCGGGCCGGAGCGGGUGGCCAUCCUGCAGGACUCCACCACUCGCACAGGCUGCACCAUCAAGGUGGAUUUCAACAGCUCGCUCACGCUGUGGUGCUCCUCACGCUCCUGCCCAGAGCCCGAGUACCUGUGGUCCUUCAACGGCCGUGCCCUCCCCAACGGCCGGGACCAUGUCAACAUCAGCAGCAUGACGGCCGCCCAGGAGGGCACCUACACCUGCAUCGCCAAGAACCCCAAGACCCUGCUCUCGGGCUCUGCCUCCGUGGUGGUCAAGCUCUCGGCGGCCACAGUGGCCAUGACGAUCGUGCCGGUGCCCGGGAAGCCCACGGAGGGCCAGGACGUGACGCUGACGGUGCAGGGCUACCCCAAGGACCUGCUGGUGUACGCCUGGUACCGCGGGCCCGCCGCCGAGCCCAACCGGCUGCUCAGCCAGCUGCCGUCGGGGAACUGGAUCGCGGGCCCGGCGCACAGCGGCCGCGAGGUGGGCUUCGCCAACUGCUCGCUGCAGGUGCAGAAGCUCAACCUGACCGACGCCGGGCGCUACACGCUCAAGACCGUCACCCUGCAGGGCAAGACUGAGGCCCUGGAGGUGGAGCUGCAGGUGGCCCUGCUGGAGUAACCUGGAGGCCCCAGGGACAUCCGCAGAGAAGAGCAGCACCUUCCUGAGCUCCCGGCCCUGGGCCCACGCGCGAGUCCUGUCUCCUCCCACCCUAGAUAGAGCAGACCAGCCACCCUCUUCCAUGGAGC